AAUACAGUGAAUACGGCAGUGUAGCUGUCAUGGCGUCAGGAAGGGCAGGUCUUCUUGUCGAGGGUCCUCUCUCAAAAUGGACGAAUGUUGUCUCCGGGUGGCAGUACAGGUGGUUCGUCUUAGACCAGUCUACUGGUCUGCUCUCUUAUUACACGAGCAAAGAAAAGAUGUCCAAAGGAAGCAGAAGAGGCUGUAUAACUUUGAAGAAGGCAAUUGUUGGGAUCGAUGAUGAAGAUAUUUGCACAUUCACCAUUCAUUCUGAGGGCCACACCUACCACUUUCAAGCGCAAGACGAGGAGGAGAGGGAGAGGUGGAUCAAAUCAAUGGAACUGACAAUAGACCGUCUCAAGCAACCGCUGCAGAAGUUGGAGUUGAGUCUACCACCAGUGAAGAGGAGCCUUAGUGUUGAGAACAGGUUGUUGAUCUGUGAGAGCUAUCAUGAUCUACUCACUGAGCAGAUAAAGUCCCUCUCUGACAGUAUGAAUGAUUCUGAAGAAUCAAAAGUUAUUGAGAAAACAGCAAAGAAUAUGCUAGCUGCCAUGAGACAAUGUCUUGACCUUAUGAAGGAGGACCAGCAACAGACACCUGGUGCUAUAGCCCUUGCUCCGGCUGGCACUGAGCAAAGGGAGGGAGAGAGGGAGGGGGAGGAGGGGCAGGAAGGGAAAUCACUUGAAGAGACAUCAGCUCAAAAUGGCAGCAGAGAAAGUCUGAUAGAGGGGGAGGAUGAUGAAGGUGUGGCCAAUGAAAGUAACAUUAACCGUUGUCUCACGGAAGAGGAGGAGGAAGAGGUCUCCAGCAGCAGUGAUGAAUUCUAUGACGCUGAAGAUGAACCGUCUAUGACUGAGGUGAUACCCUCUGUAUCCGUGGCAACGCCAGAGGGCGUGCCUUCAGAUAUUGACGAAGAUCAAGAAUAUGACGAGAGAGAUGACGCCAGCAGUGGUGUUGCCGCUAAUAAGAGCUUGAUCAUGUACAUGGUUGGUCAGGUCAGGAUUGGAAUGGAUCUGUCCCGUGUGACGUUACCAACUUUUAUACUUGAGAAGAGAUCUCUACUGGAGAUGUAUGCUGACUUCCUGGCUCACCCGGACAUAUUCGCAAGUAUUAAUGAUUACUCCACUCCAAAGGAGAGGAUCAUUGAAUGUACGAGAUACUUCAUGUCCUCUUUCCAUGCUGCUAGGAAGGGUACUAUUGCCAAGAAGCCUUACAAUCCCAUAUUAGGCGAGAUAUUUCGCUGUUACUUUGACCUUCCAGUCGCCGAUGGAGAGGAGGCCCUGAGCCCAGAGCAGCUGGAGGAAAGGAGGAAGGUAGUGAAGAGCGGCCCAGUCACCUUCGCUGGUAAUAACUCGGUAUCCUUUCUUGCUGAACAAGUUUCACAUCAUCCGCCAAUUUCUGCUUUUUAUGCCGAGUGUCCUUCUAAAAGGAUGUUUGCCACUGGAUCAAUUUAUACGAAGUCAAAGUUCCUGGGACUUUCUUUAGCCGUUCACAACAUUGGAAAGAUUACUCUUAAUUUGAUGGAUCAUGAUGAAGAGUAUGAGUGUAACAUUCCCAAUGCUUAUGCCAGGUCUAUAUUGACUUACCCCUGGAUGGAGUUAGGUGGUAAGUGUACAGUCAAAUGUGAGAAGACUGGAUAUCGCUCUGAGAUUGACUUCCAUUGCAAACCGUUUUAUGGAGGGAAAAAGCACAGAGUAACAGCUGACAUUUAUGAGGGCUCUGACAAGAAACCUUUCCUAAAAGUUGACGGCGAAUGGAACGGACUAAUGAACGUCAAGUACCCCAAUGGAGACGAAGAAGUUUUUGCUGAUAUUCACAACAUGCCGACCAUCCGUAAGAAGUUUCAGAAAAUAGAGAGACAGGAACCAAUUGAGAGUAAGAGACGAUGGAGGAAGGUCACUGAAGCUCUGAAGGAGAAUGAUAUUGAAGCUGCUACUGACGCUAAGCAUGAGCUUGAAGAGAAGCAGAGAGCUGAUGCCAAGGCCAGACUUGAGAGUGGAACGGAAUGGAAGCAGCAGUUUUUCCAUUCUGAUGGUGAGUUUUGGUGGUACAAUGACCCACUGAAUAAAAGAAUGCAGAAAUGAGAUUCAACAUUAGUACUGCUGGUUUCAGUAUGUUCAUCAGAACUUCUGUACAAAUUUAGCCUAUAAUAAUAACAUAAUAAUAAUUAUUAUUGUUAAAAUUCUUAUUUUUGAUUAUUAACUUUUGUAAAUUAAAAAUUAUAUUAUUUGCUGUUGUUAGAGCUGUCUGCUAAAUUAUAAAAUAAA